CCGCCGGUGCUUCCGGUAAAAGACAUUUGCGUUAAUUUUGGAAAAGUUUAAAAAAUAAAAAUAUGGACGAACAGGACGUUGAAAUAUUUUUAAAUAAUUUAACUCUUAAAUUGAAUGUUUAUUGUUUUGAUUACCUUGCAUCCAUCCCCUUGCCAUUUACUGAUCUGGCAAAAGUAAACCGCGUAAGUGACAAAGAAGCGGUCAGGAGUUUGGGACUUCCAACUGGUUAUGGAAAGCCAUUGAAGGAGUUUCUUAAACCAAUUAAGGGAAGAGAGAGUGUGAAGAGAAAAUUGAAAAGUAAUUGUUGUCCUGGAAGUGCAGCCAAGGUCAUGAAAGCUGGUAUACAUAAGGCUAAUGUAACAGGUACUGUUGGUACCAGUGACGAGCCUCGGAAGUCGGCUAUCGAGGACAAUCCUGCUAGAAUAGAGGAUGAUGAAGAGGGGCAGUUAGAGGCAGAAUAUAUAGAUUUUAAUGACAAGAACAUAAAGAAAGCACUGAAACAUUUAAAUUCAUUUCUAGAGGAAGAAAAUUUAGACAAGCUGAGAAAGGUUUUGCAGCUUUCAAGAGAGGAAUGUGAACUUGAAAUUGGUCUUGGAGUUCAUCUGUUUUCAAAAUUGAUGGGAGAAGCAUACACCAGCAGAGAGAAGAAUUUAGAACGUUGUCCUUGUGGUUGUCAGGAAAAGCUUCUAGAUCUUCAAUAUAUGUGGAUAGGAUCUGAAAGCACAUGGUAUGGAGAAUUGGAUAUUAUAGCUGGAAAUCUUGUUACUGGAGAUUCUGUCUCAGUUCUUGUUAAAAACAGAAGUAGAAGUGGUAAUUCUGAUAUUCAGAAAGGUGAUGAAGUAGAUUCUGAAGGGGAUGAAUCCGAAGAAGAAAAUGACAAUGCCACGGAGUUAAGUGACAGUGAUCAGUCAGAGGUGAAAUAUUAUGAACAUGCUGAGGCCCUUAAUCAUGUUAUUGCUCAGGCUGUAGUGUUUGCGUUUACAGAGUACAACAGACACGCUAGUAAAGGAAAAGUAAUACCUUCAAUCUACAUUGAUAAAUCAUGUUUUCAGUAUGUCAUGUAUUGUCCUGUUGAUGACAUAAUGCUUGUUUCAAAUUAUAUGACGUAUAUGGAUAUGGAAAAUUUCGAUAAAAAAUCAGGUUUUAGGCCAUUUAUUGUGUUAUGGAUAAUCCUAAAUCACAGAUUGUUUUUUAAAAAAAGUCCAGAUUUAAGCAAGCGCUUCAUUAAAAGUGGAUUCCAUGAGAAAAUAAAUGAUUUGCAACAGUUCCAAAAUUUGGCAGCAUAUUCGAAAAUUAUUCGCCUUCCAGAGCAGAAAUUGAAUUUUCCAAAUGACACACCCAAUACAAUUGGUUCUACAGCAAUGGACUGGUUCCUUGAUAAGUAAGAUUUCUGUGGAAGACCCCCCCCCCAGCUUGAAUGCUUCCUAGAGCAUGAAGUGCUUGUGGAGAGCUAUUAUGAUCACACCCUGUCCGUCGACAGUGAGUCCAAACUUAAAACAAUUAUACUCCUUCUUAAUCAUUGUUCCUUGGCAAUUAAUCAAUGAAUUUAGUUCUACACUGAAUUAUCCUAGCAACGGAUGAGAACCAUUUAAAAAAAAAGAAUUGUCAGAAACUGGUUGUUGGAUGACGCUAAAAUUGUUUAAAUUAUUCCGAUUCCUGAAAAAACAUGUUAAAAGAAAAAACAUGUCCUUUUAACAGGAUCUGAUGAGUAAAUUUAUACAGUGGCAUUGUUGGAAAUCAUCUGCCUAAUUUGAAAUAGUUCAAUAAGAAAUAUAGGUGACCCUAUCAAGAUUAUGAGUCCCUUGCCGCGAGGCAGGAGAUUGGUAAUAGGAAUGUAUUUCGCCUGUCAUGCAGUGGUCUGUCCUCGUGUACAAAUGUGGUACUUAAUGGCUAUGGGAACAAAAGGUAACAGUAGAAUGAGAAAAACCUUUAAACUUCUUCUUCUACAGAACUAUUGGAUGGAUGAUCACCAAACUUUGUCUGUAGCAUUCUUGGGUAGUCUUUUAUCAAGUUUGCUCAUAUUAAUUUAAUUGACCCCUUUUAGGGCUAAAAAUAGAAAAAACCUUUAAACAUCUUCUUUUACAGAACAAAUAGAUGGAUGAUCACCAAACUUUGUCUGUAGCAUUCUUUGGUAGUCUUUUAUCAAGUUUGCUCAUAUGAAUUUGAUUGGCCCCUUUUAGGGGCCCCAAAAGCAAAAAAUAGAAAUACCUUUAAAUGUCUAUUUCUACAGAACUAAUUGAUGGAAGAUCACCAAACUUUGUCUGUAGUAUUCUUGGAUAAUCUUUUAUCAAGUUUGCCCAUAUUCAUUUGACUAGCCCCUUUUAGGGGUCUCUAUAGCUAAAGAUAAAAAUACCGUUAAAUGUCUAUUUCUAGAGAACUAAUUGAUGGAUGAUCACUAAUCUUUGUCUGUAGCAUUCUUGGGUACUCUUUUAUCAAGUCUGCUCAUAUGAAUUUGAUUGGCCCCUUUUAGGGGCUGCUAAAGCUAAAGAUAGAUAUACCUUUAAGCUAAAAAUAGAAAUACCUUCAAAUGUCUAUUUCUACAGAACUAAUGGAUGGAUGAUCACCAAACUUUGUCUGAAGCAUUGUUGUGUAGCCUUUUAUCAAGUUUGCUCAUAUUAUUUUGAUUGGCCCCUUUUAGGGGCUGCUAAAGCUAAAAAUAUAUAUACCUUUAAUUGUCUAUUGUUACAGAACUAAUUGAUGGAUGAUCAUCAAACUUUGUCUGUAGCAUUAUUGGGUAGUCUUUUAUAAAGUUUGCUCAUAUUAAUUUGAUUAGCCCCUUUUUGAUCCCUCUAAAAUUAAAACUAGAAACACGUUUAAACAUCUUUUCCUACAGAACUAAUUAAUAGAUGAUCACCAAACUUUGUAGCAUUUUUUGGUAAUCUUUUAUCAAGUUUGCUCAUAUUAAUUUAAUUGGCCCCUUUUAGGGGCCGCUAAAGCUGAAAAUAGAAAAACCUUUUAACAUCUUCUACUUCAGAAACAAUUGAUGGAUAAUCACCAAACUUUGUCUGUAGCAUUCUUGGGUACUCUUUUAUCAAGUUUGCUCAUAUUAAUUUGAUUAGCCCCAUUUAAGCUAAAGCUUAAAUACCCCAGGUCAUGGCAUUUCUUCAAAUUAUUGUUUAAACAUUUUCUAUGCUCAAAUUUAAUAUGAGAAUAUAUUGACAUUCCAACACUGAAAAGCAGUUGUUUCUGGUGAGCGACUCAGGGCCAUCAUGGCCCUCUCGUCUUCAUACUUGGGCCCCAACAAUUCUUUGGACAAGACCUUCAAGUAGACUAGACUAACCUUGAGCUUCAGUCAUAAAUGACCUCGACCUUUAAGGUCAAAUAAUUUUUUUUUUUUUUGUUGAUCUUUGCUUUUAGUGGGUAUACAAAACUUUGUUGUUUAUGAAUGGAUUGUCUUUAAACUUAAACAUACUAAUCUUUUAGAAAAGACCUUCAAGUUAACCAGUUAGACCUUGACCUUUACUCAUUAAUGACCCUGAUCUUGAAUGUCAAAUUAUUGAAAUUUUCAUUUUUUUCCUGUAACUGGCUAUCAAUUUGAAAUGAAUGGAUUGACUUAAUAUUAUAACACUACAUUCUGUAGGAUAAGGCCUUCAUGUAUAUGACCUUGGCUCUUUAAUGAUUAUGACCUUGAAGGUUAAAUUAUUGAAUUUUCACUGAUUUUUGCAAUAAUUGACUGUAACAUGGUAAUGAAUCAAUGGAUUAUCUUCAUACUUUGACAAAACAACUUUUUGGACAAAACAUUGUAAAAGGUUGAACCUUAAGCUUUAAAUGAUCAGAUCUUGACCAUCAAAGUCAAAGUAUUUAAUUUUGGUUAAGUUGUCAUAAUUUUGUUUUUUUAUAUAUGGAUUUGAUUCAUACUUGGACAAAAGAACACUUGUGACCAAAAAGACACAUGGAAUAAUUUAGAUAUGACUUGACCUUUAAAUGACCUUGACUGUCAAAAGAUUGAAUUUUGAUUAUAUUUUCUUAACAUUGUCAUUUAUUUAUAGAAACGAUUCAUAUUUGGACAAAACAACAGUUGUUACUAGACUUAAAAAAAGAAAAAACUUACUUUUGUUUUUAAGAUUUGUUUAAACUGUUUAUUUGUUUGCUUUUAAAAAAAAGUAAAAAGUUGAGUGUUGCCUGGCCCGUUGGUGGCUCUUGUAAUUAUUAAUUAAUUAUUAUUUGUUAGACUCAAUUAUAAAAGCCAAUCUGUUGAAAUAUAUUUAUUAAACUAGUUCAAAUUAACAGUGAAAAAAUAAACAGAUGUGCAUUAACACCAUAUGCAAUGCUCUUAUACAAAUAAUCAUAUUGUUAACUUCAUUCCCAUUCUGUUUUCUAAUUUUGUGUCUCCUUUUUGUUGGAAUGGUCAUAGAUAAUAAGUUUCAUAUUUGGGAUAAGGUGAUAAAAGGACAAGAUGAUGCUCUGCAAAAAAAAAUGUUGUUUUUGUAACUGUAUUUAAAUAUGAUUACGAUGUUUACAACUUAUGUUUGAAAUAAAGUCUUUGAAAUUCAAUUCAUCAAUCUU